AUGCCACAGCCCAAACGGCCGCGUCCCGUGGCUCGCAAGGUAAAGCCUCGUCCAAUUGAGCCAUCAAGCUCUUCAACUCUAUCCCUUGCCGCUACUCCUGGCGAUGAAAAUGGGGAAAGAAACAAGAGUAAUGGCAAGGGGAAGAGAAGGGCUUCUAUUGAAUCUGCUCGCAGUUGUAAAGAAGAUGUCUCAACGGAGAACAUCCGUCCCACAAAGCGUUCAAGGUUGGAGCGAGUUACGCAUGUAGCGCACAAACAUGAACAGUUCUGGAUUCUUGAUGGGAACACAGUCCUCGAGGUUGGAGGAGUGCUCUUCAAACUCCACCGUUCUAGGCUCGUUGAUCAGUCGAUGUUUUUUGCUGGCCUCUUGGACGAACAAGAUGUGCACAUGGACGACAGUGUUGUGGUCGAAAGUGAUGAGCACGGGUUGGUAUACCACCUGUCGAAUACCACACCAAAAGACCUCGAGGCACUGCUACAGCUUGAUAAGAACCCGAUGGCAUAUUAUUUCACCCCCCCUACAUUCCCGGCCUUGGCUGCCAUCCUUCGUGGAGCAACUGCGUUGGGUUUCGACACGUAUCGAUCUUUCGCCGUGAAAGUCUUAGAGAAUGCCUGGUCCUCGUCUCUCGCAGAUUUCACCACGGAAACAAAACCUAAUGCAGUAGAAGUCGUAGCUCUCGCGAGGACCUGUGGCAUUGAAAGCGUGUUGAAGAGGGCCUUCUAUGAAAUGGUUCGGCUGGCAGGCUAUGGUCUUGGCGACGGCGAGUUGGACGGUAGCGAUGGAGGGUCCCUGGAAAUCAGCCGCGCAGACGAAAGGCGUCUGGAACGCAUGAGAGAGCAACUCAUCUCAACCUGGUCACAGGCUGCGGUGCGCGUGGACCGCUCCUUCAUAUGCCCAAACCAACCAAAGGAGAUGAUAGACCAUACCGCAGCUACCGGGCCAAGCUCUUCCACUUCGCCGACGCAUCUCUCCAAAUGUCCAUCUCCGUCCUCGAAGCGUGACGCUUGGGAGAGGCGCGUGCACGAUUCUGGACUCUACGACGAGUACCAGUUCGACCCCCUGUGUGGACUUCAAGCCCUGAUCGACAUCAAAUGGGACGAGGACGAGGCCUGGUGCUUAGACUGUGUGCGCGCAAGGCGAGAAGCUUGGACAAGAAUGCGUCAGAGAACUUGGGAGCGCAUAGGAGUGUGGAUGGGUCUUGAUAACUGA